CUAAUUUAAUUUGGAUGGGUGGGGGAAUUCCCGAACCUGCCUUGGACCAUGACAUGAACUGUGAGAGGGGGACCCUGAAGCUCAAGAGUCAAAUCACCUGAAAGGCCUCCUGGCCAACAUGGCAUCUGAAGAAGCCUCCCUCCGGGCAUUGGAAAGUUUAAUGACAGAGUUUUUCCAUGAUUGCACAACCAAUGAACGAAAACGUGAAAUAGAGGAGCUUCUGAAUAAUUUUGCCCAACAGAUUGGAGCCUGGAGGUUCUGCCUCUAUUUUCUCUCUAGCACACGGAAUGAUUAUGUAAUGAUGUAUAGUUUAACGGUUUUUGAGAAUCUGAUCAAUAAAAUGUGGCUGGGAGUCCCAUCCCAGGAUAAGAUGGAAAUCCGAAGCUGCCUGCCCAAGCUUCUUCUAGCUCACCACAAAACCUUACCUUAUUUUAUCCGAAACAAGCUCUGCAAAGUUAUUGUUGAUAUUGGCCGCCAAGAUUGGCCUAUGUUCUACCAUGACUUUUUUACAAACAUUUUACAGUUGAUACAGUCCCCUUUGACUACUCCCCUUGGACUGAUCAUGUUGAAAACUACUUCAGAAGAGCUGGCAUGCCCCCGAGAAGACCUCAGUGUGGCUCGGAAAGAGGAGUUGCGGAAGCUGCUGUUGGACCAGGUACAAACUGUACUUGGACUGCUUACAGGUAUUUUGGAGACCAUUUGGGACAAACACAGUGUUACUGCUGCCACUCCACCACCGUCCCCAACUGCAGGAGAAAGUGGUGAUCUAUUAAGUAACCUGUUGCAGAGUCCUAGUGCAGCCAAGCUGUUAAACCAGCCAAUCCCUAUCCUUGAUUCAGAGAGUGAGUAUAUCUGUUCCCUGGCUUUGGAGUGCCUGGCCCAUCUCUUCAGCUGGAUUCCUCUGUCUACCAGCAUCACCCCAUCCCUCCUUACCACGAUAUUCCACUUUGCUCGAUUUGGCUGUGACAUUCGGGCCAGAAAGAUGGCGUCAGUCAAUGGCAGCAAUCAGAACUGUGUCCUUGGUCAGGAACGUGGCAGGCUUGGAGUUCUGGCCAUGUCUUGCAUCAAUGAACUCAUGUCCAAGAACUGUGUGCCUAUGGAAUUUGAAGAGUAUUUACUACGAAUGUUCCAGCAGACUUUUUACCUCCUGCAGAAAAUCACCAAGGAUAAUAAUGCUCACACAGUGAAGAGCAGACUAGAAGAACUAGAUGAAAGAAUUUGGAGCUCCAAAAGAAGAGCGGAAAGGUAUAAGGUGGUUCGAGAACUGAAACUGCCCCUCAUUCAUAGCCAGGAACAUCAGAAGAGGCACGUGGAGUUGCACUGUGAAAGGCGAGCCCUGCAUGUACAGACAGGUGUUAAUGGAGAGAAGGGUUGCGUGUCCUGUAGCUACAUCGAGAAGUUUACUGACUUUCUUCGUCUCUUUGUGAGUGUCCAUUUGAGGAGGAUAGAAUCCUACUCUCAGUUCCCAGUGGUAGAGUUUUUGACACUGCUAUUCAAGUACACGUUUCAUCAGCCUACCCAUGAAGGUUACUUCUCCUGUUUGGAUAUAUGGACCCUUUUUUUGGACUACCUGACUAGUAAAAUUAAAACUCGUUUGGCAGACAAAGAAGCCGUACUCAGCAGGUACAAAGAUGCCCUGGUCCUUUUGCUUACUGAGGUAUUGAAUCGGAUACAGUUCAGGUACAACCAGGCGCAGUUGGAGGAGUUGGAUGAUGAGAUCCUUGAUGAUGAUCAACAAACAGAGUGGCAGCGGUACUUACGCCAGAGCUUGGAAGUUGUUGCCAAAGUCAUGGAGCUCCUUCCCAGUCAUGCAUUCUCUACGCUGUUCCCAGUUCUUCAGGACAAUUUAGAAGUUUAUCUGGGGUUACAGCAAUUUGUAGUUACUUCAGGGUCAGGUCACAGGUUGAACAUCACAGCAGAGAAUGAUUGCCGGCGGUUGCACUGUUCUCUAAGAGACUUGAGCUCUCUCCUCCAGGCUGUUGGCCGAUUAGCUGAAUAUUUUAUUGGAGAUGUGUUUGCUGCGAGAUUCAAUGAUGCACUUACAGUUGUAGAGAGAUUGGUUAAAGUAACUCUAUAUGGCUCCCAGAUAAAAUUGUACAACAUUGAAACUGCUGUGCCAUCAGUAUUGAAACCUGACCUCAUUGAUGUUCAUGCUCAGUCCCUGGCAGCGCUCCAGGCUUACUCUCAUUGGUUAGCACAAUUUUAUAGUGAAGCUCAUCGACAGAACCCACAACAGUUCAUCUCGCUGGUCUCCACUGCCAUGGAAGCAGUCACACCUCUUAUUAGUUCCAAGGUACAAGAGAAGUUACUCUUGUCUGCGUGCCAUUUACUGGUCUCAUUAGCCACUACAGUGCGGCCAGUCUUUCUCAUCAGCAUCCCAGCCGUUCAGAAAGUAUUCAACAGAAUCACAGAUACCUCUGCUCAGCCGCUUGUGGAUAAGGCCCAGGUGUUGGUAUGCCGAGCCCUCUCCAAUGUACUACUGCUGCCAUGGCCAAAUCUCCCAGAAAGUGAGCAGCAGUGGGCAGUGCGUUCAACAAACCAUGCCAGCCUCAUUUCAGCUCUGACCCGAGACUAUCGCCACCUGAAAUCCAGUGCCAUUGUCCCACAGAGGAAGAUGCAGCUUGAAGAUACCAAAGUGAUUAUCCACCAGACACUUAGUGUCUUAGAAGAUAUCGUGGAAAGUAUCUCUGGGGAAGCUACAAAGUCUCGACAGAUUUGCUAUCAGUCGCUGCAAGAAUCUGUUCAGGUCUCGCUGGCCCUCUUUCCAGCUUUUAUUCAUCAGUCAGAUGUGACUGACGAGAUGCUGAGUUUCUUCCUUACCCUGUUUCAAGGCCUUAGAGUACAGAUGGGUGUGCCUUUUACUGAACAGAUCAUACAGACCUUUUUAAACAUGUUUACCAGAGAACAGUUAGCUGAAAGUAUCCUCCAUGAAGGGAGUACUGGCUGUCGAGUAGUUGAGAAAUUUCUGAAGAUCCUCCAGGUGGUAGUGCAAGAACCCGGCCAAGUGUUCAAGCCUUUCCUUCCGAGCAUCAUCUCACUGUGCAUGGAGCAAGUCUGCCCCAUCAUAGCUGAGCGUCCCUCUCCUGAUGUGAAGGCUGAAUUGUUUGAACUACUUUUCCGGAUUCUCCAUCACAACUGGAGGUAUUUCUUCAAGUCCAGUGUCCUGGCCAGUGUCCAUAGAGGAAUUACAGAAGAGCAGAUGGAAAAUGAAGUACAAUUCAGUGCCAUCAUGCAGGCUUUUGGACAAUCUUUUCUCCAGCCUGAUAUCCACUUAUUUAAACAAAAUCUAUUCUACCUGGAGACUCUGAACACCAAGCAGAAGUUGUAUCAUAAAAAGAUCUUUCGGACCACCAUGCUGUUUCAGUUUGUGAAUGUGCUGCUCCAAGUCCUGGUCCACAAGUCACAUGACCUGCUGCAAGAAGAGAUAGGGAUUGCCAUUUACAACAUGGCUUCAGUUGACUUUGACAGCUUCUAUGCAGCCUUCCUCCCAGAGUUUCUGUCUAACUGUGAUGGUGUGGAUUCCAACCAGAAAAAUGUUCUGGGGAGGAAUUUCAAAAUGGAUCGGGACCUGCCAUCGUUCACCCAGAAUGUGCACCGACUGGUAAACGACCUGCGCUACUACAGACUUUGCAAUGACAGUUUGCCCCCUGGCACAGUGAAGCUAUAGUGUCUGCACUGGACCCUUGUUCUGUUUACUGUCCCAACAGAUCUGUACUUCUGCCGCUGCUGCCACCACCACCUCCACCUCCUUUCUCUCAGACCUCUUGGGGCACACCAUGGACACAUGUUGGUGAAUUUGCACCCUGGGCUCCAUCUAUAACCUAACCUCCCAUCCUCCACCCUUUGUUCCUGCCUCAGCCCCAGGUGACUCACCAGCACUGUCUUCAGGAUGUGUCUAAACACCAGUUGUAGUUACCAGGGCAUUUGGAGAGGACGGAGAGUCUUGUUGUCAGGUAUUAGGGUCUUAGCACUUUCUGUGACGUCCAGAGAUUUCAGUGGGUGGUCUGUGCAGAUCAUGUGUAUAUCAAUCAUGAGGCAGAAACGCCAAAGACAACUUAAGACAUUUGUACCUUCGCAUCAUUCCGCCUUCUUGCACCCACUCCCUCCUCCCAAGGCUGUCGAAGGAGAAAUGUGACAUCAGAACUGUUCUGGCACUUCUGUCACUCCCUAUUCUCUCCUGUCCCACCCUUCCCUUCCUCCCAUCCCUCCCCCUUUACAUCUCUGCUAUUUGCAGAGAUUAGAAAGACUUAUGUUUUUGUUAUUGUUUUCUCAUCAUUCCAUUGUGAUACUAAGAUGCUUAAUGGAAAUAAAAUGCUUAUGUUGUUGUUUUAAAAGCUGGCAAAAUUAGCUUCUCUCUCCACAAAUAGUACUUAGCAGGGUUAGCAUACUGAAAACCAUGGUAGGAGGCAGAAGAUCUGGAAGCCCUUAAAUUAAAAAUUAACUCUCUUGAACCUCUAAUCUUUGUUGAUGCAGGCUUGAUCUUCCAGGCAGUGUUCCUGAGUGGUGAGGGGUACACUGAGGAAAUGUGUACAGGAUCACUUUGGUCUUCUAGCUGUGGCUUGACUGGGUUUGGGCAAAUGUCUUUUCAGUCAGGCAUGAUACUGAAUUAUUUUGUGGAUAAUAGAUAGUCAUAAGUGACUUCAAGACUAAACAGGAAUACGGUGGGCAGAUGAAGGUGGAUGCUGCUCACUUGCUCUUGAGAGUGAGUCCUGGCAACCCAAUCAUAUCUGAUUUUAGAGGUCCUCUAGCAACACAGCUGUUCUUAAAAAGGCACAUGUGAGUGUGCGGGGUAUAGUGGAUAAGAGCUAAAUAAGACUUGGGGGUCCUGAGUAGUAUUCUGUGCCAAGCACUUUCCUUAACUGUUCCAUAUAGAGAAAUCACAUAUUCUCAGAAUUGGAAGGGCCUUGAGAAGAUAUUAGUCCAGCCUGUACUUUAAGAAAGAUUUCUUCUACAGCAUAGCCAACAAAUGGUCAUCUGCUUUUUUUUAAAGACCUCAAGUGAUGUGUAAUCCACUGAUUCCUGAGACAGCCCGUUCCAUUGUGGGAUAGCAUUGUUAAAAAAUUUGUCUCAUGGCUUAAAUUUGCUCCUUCGGCAACUUGUACUCACCUCUCCUAGUUUUGCCUUCUGAGGCCAAGGAGAACAUGUUUUAUGAGUAGUUCUUCCAGAAGAUAGUCUUGGCAAUUCUUGAAGAUUGCUGUUGUGUCUCCCUACCCCCAGUCUUUUCUUCUUUAUCUACAUUUAUUUCAUCUGAACUAUGUAUGGCAAGAAUUUGAGGCCCUUCAUUAUCUGGAGUGGUCCUCUUCAAGUUAUCAUUGCCCUUCCUAAGUGGUACUCAUAAAUGAAUACAGUAUUCCAGCAGUUUUCCUGGUCUGAGCAGGGCAUAGGACAGUGGGACCAUCACUUAAUGGACACUGUCUCUUAAGGCAGCCUAAGAUGAUGUUAGAUUUCUUGUCUACUGAGUUUGUCUUACAAAUGUGAAAUAUGUGAAAGCCCUCACUCAGAGGACUUUUUACUUGGAAUAUGUAAAAAACAAUAGCACAAGAUGAAUAAGCAUUCAUUUGGAUGCAAUAAUAAAAUGCCAUGGUAUAAUUUUA